AAAAUUGGAGUUUUAAAAAAUCAGAUGCCCAAAUUACUAUUACGGCUGACAAAGAUCCAGGAUUUCUGAUCACGAAUAUUUUGCCCGGUGAUUUUAAUUAUGACGGAAAAUUGGAUGUGUUGGUUAUGGGACAAAAAGAUCCGAAGAAUAAUGCAGACGAGGAAAUUCUUAUGCGUGUUUAUCUCGGGAAUGGAAAUGAUGCUUUUGAUGAAAAUUACAUUAAGAUCCCUUCGGCAAAAACAUCGCAACCAAUUCCAUUUGAUUAUAAUGGGAAUAUGACUACCGAUUUACUUGGUUACAUGUAUGAGAAUAAUGAUGAAUCGGGAUUAUUUGUGUGGAAAAAUUUGUAUGGACCGGAAGUACAGACUGGGGAUUUAUUUGAAGUAUCACCAAUAGCACUAAAUGAAACAGUCACUAAAAUGUGUAAAUGGGCAGAACCUCAUUCUAAUGCUUUUGUAGAUUUGAAUGAUUUGUUUGUAACAUGUCAAGAAAAUUCUAAUAGUCCAGUCACAUUUCAAAUUUGGACUAAUUCCAAACAGAAAGGGUUUGAAUUUAGUCGUGCUGGUUAUUUGCCCAAAGGGGUGGGACAAAUUUCUUUUGCCGAUAUGGACGGUGAUGGUACAAUUGAUAUGGUCUUUCCGGUCUGCACCAAUAAUCAAUGUCAAAUUCAUGUUACCUACAACAAACAAAUUCCACUCUGCUCAAAAGAGACCAGCAAAAAUUGUCGGCAGUCUGCAAAUUUAUGCGUUGCUGAUGAUAAUUUCCAGUUUGAUCUAAAAGCUGAUGCAUGUCUCUUUAUUUUAGAUUCUGGAUUUAAAGGGACUUUGCCGGUACCAAUUCGUAUAGGCGACUAUAAUCUCGACGGUUAUCCUGAUCUUCUUGUGAUAAGUGAUUCUGGCCAUGUAUCAUUAUUACAAUCAAUUCCAUGCAAUAAGGCUGAUUGCCGACGCACAUUCUCAAAAGUAUCUACUGGUGCGGCAAUUUUGAAUUCGAUAAAUAAGGCUACGACGGCUGCUUUCUUGGAUCUUGAUGAAGAUGGAACCUUCGAUAUAAUGGUGCUUGAGUCCAGAUCGAAUUCAGAUUCAACAGCUCGAAAUGUGCAAAUGAUACACAACAACUAUUUCAAUGAUGCUUUCUUUAAACCAUUUGGUGUUAAUUAUCCCGGUGCGGCAUUUAAGUUUACUGUACUUGACACUUCAGGACAUAAGAGAGCUAACCAAGUCGCACAGUAUUCACAAGCAGGAUAUGUCUCCUUACAAGCACCAUAUUCUCUUUUUGGACUUGGUCGUACCAACAAUUAUGUAGAAGAGCUUUUUGUGGGGACGACAAGAAAUCAAACGCGUCAUUUUAGUAGUUUUUCCGGCGUCAUUCCCAAUUCUCAACUUAUCAUAGUUCCGUAUCAGCCAUUCGGUGUAGAUAAUCCAAGCACUUGGUCAAUAAAACUAUAUAUUCAUCCGGGAGACUGGAUUCCAUGGGUAUUAUUGACUUUAGUCUCAGCGACUGGUAUUCUGGCAAUCGUCGUAUUUGGAUUAAAUUGGGCUGAGAAGAGAGAGGACGAACUGGAGAAACGAAAAGCAUUACACGUUAUAAAUUUCGAUGCUUUGUGA